AUGUGUCUGGUGGUGCGGAUGCGGUGUUUGUGCCGGUGGAUGUGUCGUGUGCUCCGAGUGACGGCGGCCCGAGCUAUCGUGCGUGUGUGUGGGCGUGGAAGAAGUGUUCUGCUGCCAGUGCUGAGGCUCAGCAUGAGAAUUAUACUUUCAGUGGCUUUGGUGUGCGCAUGCAUGGCAGGAAUGGUGAGCUGUGUGCUGUGUGCUGUGUGCCAUGUGGCCAAUGCGGUGCACACAUGUAGCAACUGUGCUGCCAGCUGUGCAAGGAAAGAGGAAGGGGCCACCGUUGCCUCCACGAUGAAUGUGACGACACAUAAAUACGCCGGCCUUUAUGAAUUGUGGUGGCGUCAAUUUCCCCCGAUGGAACCAUCCAUUCGCCUGCACGGAGCAGCGAUGCUGACCGGACGGCAUCUGUCAGUUGCCGCCACCCCGUGA